UUUCACCGCCCAUUCAAUUCAAUUCAUUUCGAAAAAUCAUCAUCAUUGAAAAUCGAAUUCGAAAAUUAAACAAAAAAACAAAAAAAUUAACCAAAAAUGUCGACCAGAGAUGUAAAUACUCAAGAUCAUCAUCAUGUUUAUCAAUAUGUUGGACCAUAUCGUUUGGAAAAAACAUUGGGCAAAGGACAAACAGGUCUAGUCAAAUUAGGAGUUCAUUGUGUGACGGGUAAAAAAGUAGCAAUCAAAAUUGUUAAUCGUGAAAAACUUUCCGAAAGUGUCCUACAAAAGGUGGAAAGAGAAAUUGCCAUCAUGAAAUUGAUUGAACAUCCACAUGUUCUACAUUUAUAUGAUGUAUAUGAGAAUAAAAAAUAUUUAUAUUUAAUGUUAGAACAUGUAAGUGGUGGUGAACUAUUCGAUUAUCUAGUCAAAAAAGGACGCCUUACACCAAAAGAAGCUAGAAGAUUUUUUCGUCAAAUCAUUUCGGCACUCGAUUUUUGUCAUAGUCAUCUAAUCUGCCAUAGAGAUUUAAAACCAGAAAAUCUAUUAUUGGAUGAAAAGAAUAAUAUAAAAAUUGCCGAUUUUGGUAUGGCAUCAUUACAAAUCGAUGGUUCAAUGUUAGAAACAUCAUGUGGAAGUCCUCAUUAUGCUUCGCCUGAAAUCAUCAGGGGUGAAAAAUAUGAUGGAAGGCAAGCAGAUGUAUGGUCAGUUGGAGUCAUUCUAUAUGCUCUUCUUGUGGGUGCCUUACCAUUUGAUGAUGAUAAUCUACGACAACUAUUAGAAAAAGUUAAACGUGGAACAUUUCAUAUACCACAUUUUGUGCCUCCCGAAUGCCAAGAUUUGCUUCGACGAAUGAUUGAAGUAGACGCUAACAAACGUAUUACGCUUUCCGAAGUGAUACGCCAUCCAUGGGUUACAGCUGGCAGCAAAAAUGAGCUUGAAUUAGAAUUACCGAUGAAAGAAGUGGUUCAGACGCAUAUAACAUCGACGGUUGAAGAAUUGGAUCCCGAUGUUCUUAACAAUAUGACUUCACUUGGCUGUUUUAAAGACAAGGAAAAGCUUUUAAGGGAGCUACUAAGUAUUAACCAUAAUACCGAAAAAGUAAUAUAUUUCCUUUUGUUGGAUCGUAAACGACGAAAACCAUCAUUUGAAGAUGAAACUGAAUGUAUUAUCAGGAAUCGUUCCGAAUCAGCCGAUCCACCAAGAAAAAGAGUAGAUACACGUCCUAGUAAGUCAUAUCGAACGGAAAUGUUAGCUAAUGGAUCACCGAUUGCACCUCGACGAUUUCCAUAUGGAAUCAAUAGCUAUUCAAGUACCAAAGUGUAUAUUAAUUGUACACCGAAUAGAAGUUUUAAUCGACGUAAUGGCAAUAUGAAUAAUGUUAACGAUUCUAUGAUUACUAAUAACAAUAACACUAAUGCUAAUGCUAAUAAUAAUAAUAAUAAUAAUACUAAUCAUCAUACACCACAUCGUCAUUCAUCAUCACAUCAUCCGGGUGUACAUCCGCCACCGCCGCAUCAUGAUUCGACAAACAAUUUGCUAAUGUCACCAUUAAAUUGUCCCAAAACACCACAUCAUGUUAAUAAUGAUAGUAGCGAUGAAAUCGGGAUCAAUACAUCACCAGUGUCACCAAUAUCUCAGCCUUAUUGGAAAUCACGCCUAAAUACAUUAAAAAAUAGUUUUCUUGGUACACCGAGAUUUCAUCGACGUGCCAAAAUGCAAAUUCCAUUGUACGAAGAUGUUGCAUUGGCCACUGAAACUACACCUGAUAUGACCAAAAAAUCUUGGUUCGGUAAUCUGAUGGGCAAUGAACGAGAAGAGACACAUGUUUUAUUGAUAAAAGAUAAACCAUUGUCUGUUAUUAAAGCAGAUCUCAUUCAUACUUUUCUUACGGUACCCGAUUUAAGUCAUACAGUAUUAUCACCAAUGUCAUUUCGUUUGGAUUAUCGUCGACCAGGUGGCACAACUUCAAUGUUUCAAAGAAAUAUUCGAAUACAAGUUGAUAUUGCAUGUGCCACACCUCCAUCCAAUGAUGGAUCAAUUCCGUCGCCAAAUUUUGAUACAAACGCUAUUGAAAGGCCAACAAUUUAUUGUAUUACAUUCACUUUAUUAUCCGGGCCAGUGAGAAGGUUUAGAAGAAUAUGUGAACAUAUAUCUGGCUAUAUUCUUGGUCGCCGAUCAACGUCAGCACCACGUUCACCACGAAUGAGUCGUCGACCGACACGGGAACUCAGUGAUACAAGUUCCUGUGGAUCAUGUGCAUCGGACAGUUUGUCACCAACGCCAACACAUCUACAUAUAUCGGAAGAUACAAUAAGUCUAGCAGCAGCUGUUGUCAAUAGUAGUACUAAUAAUUUAACCGGAGCCUUAUCCAGAUGUAAAUCGGAUCAAGAUGCCAAUAAAGACCUAUUCAAACGUGAUGUUAAAUUGUUGGAAAGACGAGCAACACAAACAGAUAGUACGGGAGUUCCAAGAAUAAUAAACAUUGCCAACGGACGACGAAUGUCUUUGGAACCAAAAUUACAGACUGAUAAUGUGUAGCUUAACGUCUGAAAUGAUGACGAUUCAUAAUAGAUGCAAAUUAAAAAAUUCAUUCAUUCAUUCAUUCUCUUUUUUUGAGAAAAAAUUCAAAUCUUUUGAGUGUGUUAUAAAUAUUCAAUUUACGUGAAACGUAUAAAAUGAAAUUAACUAUGUGCUUUUGAAAUCCACAGAAAUACAACCUAUGCCUCACCUAUCA